AUGGCAUGGUGUGAGCGAGGGAUUCAGACUCUGCUGGCCAUCGUGGGCGCCUUCGCCGCCUUCAGUCUCAUGACUAUCGCCAUUGGCACCGACUACUGGCUUUACUCCCGGGCGUACAUCUGCAACACCACGAAUGCCUCCGCGGAGGAUUCCGAGAUGCAAAACAAGAAAGUCAGAGGCGACCUGACGCACUCUGGGCUCUGGAGGAUCUGCUGUAUCGAAGGUAUCAACAAAGGAAGCUGUUUUCGGAUCAAUCAUUUUCCAGGUGAUAACGACUACGAUACAGACAGCUCAGAGUACAUCCUACGUGCAGUGCGAGCAUCGAGCCUGUUCCCUAUUCUCAGCACCGUCCUGCUGAUGGUGGGUGGCCUGUGUGUCGGAGUUGGACGCAUCUACAACAACAAGAACAACAUCCUGUUGACUGCUGGCAUCCUGUUUGUGGCUGCAGGCCUGAGCAACAUCAUCGGCAUCAUCGUCUACAUCUCCAGCAACGCCGGCGAUCCCAGUGACAAGAAAGACGAGGACAAGAAGAACCACUACAGCUACGGCUGGUCUUUCUACUUCGGCGCGCUCUCCUUCAUCGUGGCUGAAUCCGUGGGUGUUCUCGCAGUCAACAUGUAUAUCGAGAAAAACAAAGAGACGCACUUCCGAGCCCAACGCGACUUGAUCAAAACCACCUCGUCUUCUUCGCCGUACUCUCGCAUUCCAAGUUACCGCUACCGGCGGAGGCGCUCGCGCUCCAGUUCGAGGUCAAGUGACCCGUCCCGCGAGCCCUCCCCGGUGGGGAUGAAGAUGGGUGGAGGAAGUGGGAGAGGAGGGUUGAGCAUGGGUUUGCCAAUGGGGGAUAUUUCUCUGUACACCCUCAGCAGGGAGUCUAUGAAGGGUGGAAGUGCGACUGGAGGGCCCUACAGUCCAGAGAGGGACUUUUUGCAAGUCCACAACUGCUUUCACAGAGAUCUGAAAGAUGGCGUGAACAGGAGGACCACGCCAGUAUGA